AGUAAACAGCAUAUUUUUAUUCCUUCGCCUCUCCGACUACAAGUUUAUAACUCCAAAUUAACAAGUUCAUCAUGCAUUCACCCAAAAAUUUGAUACCAACAAGCAAGGAAUUUAUGGCUUCUUUUGCAACUAUCCUAAGCUAUGAAACUCCAUCCCUUCUCAAAACCGCUGCUAAUUUUGGUCGUCUCAACGAAAUUCUGAAUGGCAGCACUAGAACCUCAUCAACUGCUCUCAUUCGCAUGAAGAUAAAGGCCACAGCUACACGAGUUACUGACUCAGCGUCUGCAUUCCAACCAUUGCUCGUCGAUGGAGAACCAAUCGCCAAACCACUCGAAACCACCCAGUUUCCGGUGUUCAAAUUCGAUGAGUACAUGUCAACGAAGGCAAAGAUGGUGGACAAGGCGUUGAACGAGGCCGUGCCUUUGCAGUACCCCAAGAAAAUCCAUAGGGCAAUGAGGUACUCGCUUUUGGCUGGCGGAAAGCGCGUGCGGCCGGUUUUGUGUCUCGCUUCAUGUGAAUUAGUUGGAGGGGAUGAGUCACUUGCAAUCCCAGUAGCUUGUGCCGUUGAAAUGAUCCACACCAUGUCGCUUAUUCACGAUGAUCUCCCUUGCAUGGACAACGACGAUCUUCGUCGCGGGAAGCCUACCAACCACAAGGCUUUUGGGGAGGAAACCGCGGUUCUAGCCGGUGAUGCGCUUCUUUCCCUUGCCUUUGAACAUGUAGCGGCCAAGACAACAAAAGUAGUAUCGCCGGAGCGUGUGGUUCGAGCCAUCACCGAGCUUGGUUCGGCCGUCGGAUCAUUAGGCCUCGUGGCGGGUCAAAUGGUGGACAUUCAAAGCGAAGGCAAAGAAGUGACGCUGCGAGAACUCGAGUACAUUCACGUGCAUAAGACCGCGAAGCUCCUCGAGGCAUCGGUGGUUUGCGGGGCAAUCAUCGGAGGAGCAGGUGAAGGGGAGGUGGAGAGGAUGAGGAAGUAUGCAAGGUGUAUAGGUUUGUUGUUUCAAGUGGUGGACGACAUUUUGGACGUGACGAAAUCGUCAGAGGAAUUGGGGAAGACGGCCGGGAAAGAUUUGGCAAGCGAUAAGGCGACAUAUCCAAAGCUGAUGGGUAUUGAAGGGGCAAAGAAUUUUGCUGCCGAGUUGGUGGCGCAAGCAGUGCAAGAGCUUGCUCAUUUCGAUGCUGCUAGGGCGGCUCCAUUGUAUUAUUUAGCCAAUUUUAUUGCCAAUAGACAGACAUAG